AUGAAUCAACAGCCUAAAAUAAUGGAUAGAGAAGUUUUAGUAGCAGAAAAUUCUAGAUUACAAACAAAAAAUUUUGAAUUGCUUCAUAGGAUUAAUGCUUUGAAUACUGAUAAAGAUGAGUUGAUUCGUGAAAAUACACGUCUAAGAAACAGAAAUGAUGAGCUUACAAAUGAAAAGAAUCAACUUGAAGCAGAUAAUAUUCAGAUUCGUGAAGCAAAUGAAAAUCUGACACAAUUAAAUACUGCAUUAAGAACUGUUUUAAGAGAUGCUGAAGAUGAACGAGAUCAUUACAAAGCAGGAAAUUUGGAAGAAUUUAAUAAUUUUAUUUCGAAUUUUGUAUUUGGAUUGUUUAAUGAUUUUAU